AUGGCGCCUCAGUACCCUUCCAGCAGGCCGACCUCGCUCAGCGUCGAUCGCUUCAGCAGCACCAGCGAUCGUCGCCACUCCUCCUCUUCAUCUCACCACCAACGCCCCCAGAUCAACUCACGCCCCAUCACCCUCUGGACGCACGAUCCGCCCAACUUUUCGCGCAACGAGGUCGUGCUCAACCCCGACUUCUCCCUGCCGCGCCUCACUGAUGCCGACCUCCUCCAGCUCACGCUCCCGCCCGGAUCGAGGCUGCCCAGCCACCACAUCCCUUUCGGCCCCAAGGAUCGUCGCAAGCGCUCUUCCAAGGCCACCUUUGUCUUUCGCGGCACAACAGCAGCAGCCGACGCCGACUUCAUCGCUCGGCAGCCACAGCUCCAGAUCAGCGUCUCCAAAAACAUCGCCAACAACUAUGGCUUCUACAACCGAGCAGAGGCCGUCCUCACCCGCGUCUCCAAGGAUGAUUUCACCAUCGACCAUGUCGAGCUCUACUUUCGCGACCAGUACGUCGGCAGAGCAGAGAUGUGGAGAGUCUUCCAGAAUCUCGAGGACACCUGCGUCUAUUGCGGACAAAAGGUCACGCUAGCCGGUAGCGUUCGCGCCACCAUCGGUCGCAUCUUUAUCAAGGAGAAGAAGGUCACCAGCGGAUACGUCUCGGCCUCCACCAAGGCCAUCUUCCGCUCCGAGUCGGCAAAGUACAACCUCUUCAUCCAGCUCGCAAGGGAAAUGUGGGAGUUUGACGAGGACGGUGAGAUCUACUACGAGAAGGCGCUCCAGGGCUUCAUCCCCGAACUCCUGCGUCGCUGGAGGGCGGUGCCCACCAACCACAUCCUCACCGUCAUCCUCUUCGCCCGCGUCCACUACGACGACUCCGAGCUACACAUGCUCGAAGGCCCCAUCCGCAAGGACUGGCGCGGCAGACACUACAUCGACUACUACAAGGUCGUCGUCGAUCUCGAGUCCAACUGCAACUGGGAUGCCGUCAUGACCACGCUCAAGGAGGAGUUCUUCCGCUUCCAGCACGACAUCCUCCUCCUCCGUCGGCCCAUCUCCGGCCCCGCCGCUUCGCACGAGGAGCUCCACGCCGACCUCAUCCGCGACCGCGUCCUCAUGGCCGGCCGCCUCUCCUACUCGUACGAGGGCAACCUUCUCGAAGCCAUCAACCUCGCAUUGAAUCCGUUCGACGAGCACUACAUCGACAGGGAUCUCAACCGCACCGGUCUAUCCAUGGUCUUUGUCACCGCCGGCACCGGCCACUUCGACGUCGACAAGAAGCUCUUGCGCAUCACCACAGAGCGCAUGAUCGAGAACGGCACCGGUCUCGACCUCGUUUGCCUCACAAAGAUGCCGCUGCAUUCGGUGCCUCUCUUUCACUUCAAGUCGCACUACCCCGACCCCUCCGAGCUCAAGCAGAGUCAGGCCAGCCGUACUCAGCGCCGCGCCACCCCGGGCGCUGGUCCCGGCAUGACCGUCCAUCGACCGGGUCAGCCCCCUUUACUAUCGCGCCACUCGUCUUCGCGUCUCGCCGCGGCCAGUGCGGCUGCGCUGAAUCCGCCCGAUCCGCUCUACUUUGACUCGAAGAAGCCCGUGGAAGAGGAGGAGGACUUCUACUCGAUGCCUCACUGGAUCGAUUGCAGCUUCUACAACUUGCAGCAGGACAAGCCCUUCCGCGCCGACCGCUUCGUGCCAAGAUGCAAGAUGUACGAGGUCCAAAUGAUGGGCAUCAUGGAAAACCAGAUCUCGGACAUCGCCAUUCCGUAUCUGGAUCUCAAGGCAGUCAACAAGGCUUCGUCCGUCGGCUCCUCGUUCUACCUGCCUCGCCACGCCGGCCCCUCGAGCUCGGGCUUCCUUUCCGAGCCGCGCAACAGCCAACUGUCGGACCUCGCGCUCGUCGGUCUCUCACCAAAGCAGCAGAGGCGCAUCGCGCGCGAGCGCUUCGAUCACGACGUGUUCAAAGACGUCCCUCCUCUCGUAAGAGCUCCGACUGCAAAGCAAGUUCAAGCGGCCUCGGGCGGAGCCGCGGGCAGUCCAGCCGCGAGCGAGAUCCAGAAGCCUCUCGACCGACCCGGUCUGCGUCGCAACCCGAGCUCAGGCUAUGGCGGUGCGCCUACCACCAACGCCAACUCGGCUGCCUCCUCAGUGUCGCCGGGCAAGGUCAGCAACGCUCGACAGGGUGGCCCGCCGCCCAGAGCGUCCAGGCUGGGGCGCGAAGCGUCGUUCCGCGAAGAAGAGGCUGCCAAGGAUGCGUCCGCGCCAACUUCGCCCACCAAGCCACGCUUCACUGUGCUCGAAGAGACCGUUAAUCGUCCACCAUUAAUGCGUCCAGUGUCGCAGAUCAUCAGCCCCACCAUCAGCAAGCCUCGCUCGAGACCUGGAUCUAUCCGCUCUGUCAACACUUUCUCCCGGGGCUUCCUGCCCAUGGAGCCGAUUGGCAAGGCUAAAGCGCUCGUGGCUUCCACCGAUGCCGUUCUGUCCGCAACCUCGCACGUCUUCGACGAAGAUCUUCCCGAGGAAGACUCGCAGAAGAACGGCGAGGGCCAAGACAGCCUCGGUUCCUUGAGAUCUGCGGCGCCAUCCAAGCCAAAGGGCUAUGCUUGGCUGUGGAAGACUCUGACGGGCGCAGCACACGGCCGAGCAUCAGGCUCAGAACGCUCUGCCGAUGUGGACGACGUCACGAGCAUCGAUGACUACUCGACGCCCGCGACACGCAGCAUGCAGGAGGUGCUCAGUGCCCAGCUCAGACAGCAGGCGGGAGGAUCCAGCAAGGACAGGAGCCCGGCACGAAAGGCUGGUCCGGUCCCCGGGCGGUUAACGCGGACGUCCUCGCUGCUUUCAGUGCAUGAAGCAACGGGCCCUUCACCCAUCAAGAUCCCAGCACAAGCCACGCCACGCACGAGGCAAGAGCAGGAGGUGGAAGAGAAGAUUCUUCGCGAUCAGGAAGCAUAUGAGCAACAGCUCGAGGAAGAAGAGGCGCGGCAGAGAUAUGCGCAGCGAGCCCAGGUCGAAAAGCAGACGCUCGUGAACCCUUCCAACCCGAGCAAGAAUCUCAAAAACAGCACCUCGCAGCUGCUCCGCUGGCAGCAUCUCUUCCCGCGCCGCCUCAACCACCACGCCGUCAAGUGGCGCUCCAUGACGACUCCAGCCUGUCUGCCGCUCACAACUCUCUACCUGCCCACCGAGAGCGACCUAGCGGCCAUGUGGAGCGAACACCCGCACACGACUUCCAUUUCGGCAGAGACGGCCUCCUUCUUGCUGAAGAAGGCCAGCUCCACUCACCCAGCGCUGGCUGUACUCCGCGAGAUGGCAUACCACCGGCUCGCACAAGGCUACCAGUUCAUUGUGCCGGCCAGCAAGCAGACGCGCACGGUCUCGAGUCGAAAGCUCGUCGAUCCCAAACACUACAGCCUUCGAUGGCCGUCCGAGCUGCUUCAACCGGGAAACUUAGCGACGGGCAAUCCCAUCUUCCUCAGCGUGACCAACCAGAUCCACCGCAUUUCGUACGAUCGCUCGACCUCGGCGAUCAACGUCAAGCGGUACGUGCGCAAUACGGACUAUUCGACCGAUCCAAUCGAUUACGAAUGCUGCAUCUGGCCGCGCCAUCUGCCGGGCUACCAGACGGUCAAAGCCCGCUUCACUUAUCCAGACUCGGCAAGCUACAAUUGGACGUACCUCGACUCGCUGAUUGCAGGCUAUGUCGACGAAAAGUUUGUCGAGUCGCUGCGGUACUGGCGCACGCGCUUCGUGCUGGUGCCGUCGGCCGGAUCGCCACCACCCAUGAAGGCGCCCACCGGCGAGGACCUGGACGAUGAAGAGAUCCGGCUCAUCGGCACGGACAAGCUGGCGGAGCUCUUCCACCGAGCGCGGUUCGUGCGCAGCAAGGAGGAGCGAGACCAGGCGCACGUCCAGCGCUUCCUGCCGACGUCGUUAGAUCCGGCCAUGUCGUUGCAGGACGAAGACUUCAUGAAGCAGUUGGCCGAAGAGAAUGCCAAGCAGCGUGCGCAGUCGGCCUCGGCCAAGAAAAGGCUGCAGAAGGCGCUAGCGGGACGCGCGCUCGAGGCCGUGGCCAAGGACAUGCGGUCGGGCGGACUGGUGAUCAACGACAGGAUCUGGCACCGGAUGCUCUACUCGGACACCUUCACGGGCGCCGACUUUGUCACGUGGAUGUGCAACGAGUACACAGACGUGCGCGCGCGCGAUGACGCCGUCGAGUGGGGCAUCAAGCUUAUGGAGGAAGGUCUGUUCGAGCACGUGCACAAGGCGCACGGCUUCUUGGACGGACACUACUUCUACAGGCUGAGGAGCGAGUACGCAGGAUCCAAGGGCAGCAAGUCGUGGUUCCGCGGUACGGACAGCCAGCGCGGCUCGUUCUCAGAGGCCCCAACACGGCCUUUGGUACACUCGAGCAGUCAACACUCGGGUCUCGGUGCGGGCGACUCGAGGCGGGCUGCCUCGGGCGACCAUGGCGACACUGCCGGCUCGCGCUCGGCUGCAGCCACGACGGGUACGGCAGCAGUCAUUGCCGCGUCCAUUGCUGGUGGUGUUGCCGCGCCGGCGACCUCGUCGCGCUCUUCCGCGGGCGGCCACUCUCGCAGCUCCUCGAUGCACCAUCCGCAUCCGCCCUCGCUGACCAUGUCAUCUGCGACGCCGAGCCGCAAGAAGAAGAAGGUGCAGCUGUCGCGUUCGAUGAUCAUCGACGUCGAUCCCGGCCGGCGCAGCGACCGCGCCGAGGUGGCGUUCCUGCACCACGACAUUGCGCACAAUCCGGCCAACGGGUUCAACUUCCAGAUCCACUGGCUGUCGACCUCCGCGCGCUUUAUCGAGGACACGGUGCAGACGUGGACGCGCACGGUGGAGCGCUACGGUCUUCGGUUGAUCGAGGCGCCGAUCGGGCAGAUCAAGGACGUGAGUCUGCACAAUCCGUUCCAGGCGCCGGUGCAGAUCGAGUUGGCGCUGCCGCCGCCGGCGCCCGACACGUACGCAAAGCGGCUGCCGAGCGGCACGCUGCCCGAGCUCUGGUUCGAGUAUGCGCUGCUGAGGCGGUUCGGAUUCGUGCUGGACCAGGAGGCGAGCGGGAGGUAUCCGAAGGACGUCGAGAUCACGUACAGCUCGAGGCCGAACGAGUUCGAGUACAGCCAAUUUGUGCAUCGGAGCGGUGUAGCGUUUGUGCAGGUGCUCGGUGGGCUGGAUGGAUUCCUCUGGCUCAACAACCGGCUGUUCAACAGCCACACGCACGGCGCGGCGGGCGGAUCGGCGCAGCGACACCACCCGCAGCAUGCAGGACGCGGUGGCGAACGGCAUGCGCGCGAGGAGGCGGCGGCGCCGUCUUCGCCGGAUGCGGACGCCGUGCGGCUCGAGCUGACGCGCUUCUGUUCGGACCGCGACGAGCUGGAGCGCUUCUACCGCAAGGUGCUUGCGCAGCUGCUCCAGGUGGAGAAGGAGGAGCACGAGCGCGAAGAGCUCACCAAGGAGUACGUGCGCUCGAUGCUCGAGCAGCAGCGCGGGCAGAUGGACACCACAACGGCUGGCGGCGCGAGGGGGAAGAGCCGAUCGGGCAGUCAGCACAGCAGCUCGGGCGCAGGCAGCAUCUACGGCGGCCUCUCCAGAGACGGCGUCCUUCAGGCUCUCGCUCAAAUCGUACCGGACAACAAGCGCGACGAGGCAUGA